AAAAGAGCAUCACAAAUUUUUCAUCUUUUCUUGUUUUUGUUUGCUGUUUUGUUGUUAUUAUUGAUGUUUGAUUCAAGUCAAGAAAGCAGGCAUCAAAUGUAAACUUGGGGUUUAAGCAUUUAUGCUGCAUUGUUCUACCAUCUUGCUGAAAAAAUUAUAUCUGUGUCACUAUGGGGGAAAGUCCCGGGAGUCCUGCUGAUCUAAAUGCUCAAGAAGACGGCGAAUUGUCCAACGACACCGAUUUCAGUGAUUUAUUUGUGAUUGACAGCACACCUGCGGUAGUCAAAAGCAAUCUGGACACUCCUGCUUACGAUACGAAAUUCAGUGAAGUUUUGCAAGUGCAAAAGAAAGAAGAUGUUGAUACUAAGCCCAAACGACCCAAACCCCCUCAAAAUUCAUGCUGGAACUGUAAUGGAGAGCAUUCUCUUCGCGAGUGUAAAGCACCAAGAGAUCACGAAGCUAUUAAUCGGAACCGAUUAAUAUUUCAGAGCAAACAGGGACCCCGACCUAAAGCAAGUCGUUAUCAUUUGGAUUCGGAUCAGAAAUAUCCACAUAUAGUAGCUGGUAGAAUAAGUAAAAAAUUGUAUAGGGCACUUGGUUUACAGAGAAAUCAGUUGCCUCGUCACAUUUACCGCAUGAGAACUCUUGGGUACCCUCCAGGUUGGGUUGAAGAAGCCAGAGUAACUCAUUCUGGUCUGACUCUCUUUGAUUCGCAAGGUCAAGAAGUGGCAGAGUCAGGGUUUGAAUCUGGGGAAAUUGUAUCUGAGGGAGCCAAAGAUAAAUUCGAUUUUAAGAAAAUUAUUGAAUACCCUGGGUUUAACUGUCCUUGCGGUCCAGACACCAUCGAUGAAACUGAGAGGUUGAACAGUAAACCAAUGGCUGAACGAGAUAGUAUUAAAUUUAUGAAAACCAUGUGGCAAGGCAAAGCUGUAAAAGCUUACAAGAGGAGGAAAAUGAACACCUCUGAUACUUCUGGGACCCCUGAUAAAAAGGGCUCUCUCCUUCUUCUUGACGAUAUGGAGUUAGAUUCAGAAGAUGCUGCUUCAUCUGAUGAUGAUGGUGAAGUAAAGGACACUAGAGCAGAAUCUCCUGGUCCAUCUACAUUAUUACAGGGUGAAGAAAUGGACAACAAUACUGCUGAGGAAGGCUCAAGUCCAUCUACACCAUUAAAAGCUGUUAAAAGACCCAUGCCCGGUUCACCCAAAUCUUCAGAUUCUAAGAGGCCAAAACUUGAUGAUGAAACUCCUGCAAACAGUUUAAGCGGUCAAAAUCUAAGUUUGUUAAAUGAGGGCUCUGCACCAUCUACACCAGUUGCUGAACGAAAAACUGAUAGCUCAUCUACUCCAAGCACUCCUAAUUUGGGUAGUGUCACAUCUGUCUCAUUGGGCACACCUAUUCUCGUCAGCUCUCCAUUCCUAUGUUUACCUUCAGCUGACAAAUUUGCAAAGAACAUUUGUGAUGUUAUCAACUUUGAAAAUUUACCUGAUUCAACUGGAAAGUAUGAAACAAUGUCAGGACUCAUUAAAAAGGUAAGAAAAUUUGUGUCAAAGCACAAUUCUGAAGAAGAUGAAUGAAUGACUUUCAUAUGAAGUCUUUUUCUCAAAGUUGAUUACCACAUUUUUAUUUUUAUUCAUUGACUGGCAAUACUGUGCAAGUUACUGUGCUAUUUAAGAAAAUUUAUUUGUUUGUUUUACAUAUUACAAUAAACUUUAAAUACAAUCA